CGCUUGCAGCUUCAGACAUUUGGGGAAUCCUGAAACAAGUUGUUCCCACAAAGAGCCAUUGCCGACUUAGUGUAAGUAGACUCUGAAUGAACAGAGGACACAUAAACUUUUCACUAAGAGCCUUGAUAUUCCUGCCCUUCUGUGUGCGCUCCUUCAUGUCUUUCGCUGUGGACACUGACUGCGCUUGCUGAACACCGUGAGACUCAAGAUUAUGGACAUAGAGAUGCUGUAGAGUCCGAUACGCUGCAUGUACCCUUGACUUGCUGACUGAAGGCGCGCAGCGGACUGAUCGCCGAGCCGGGACCGGGACCGGGUCCGAGAGACACUCACUGCUGGGGAGCGCCAGAAGCGUUGGUGUGGCCCCCAUGGACCUGCGUGUAGGUGAGCGUCUGGUGCGCCCAGGUUCGGACACGGCCUUCCUGUCCCCUCUGCACCCCCCUCUGCUGAUCAACCCCUUUAAUCCUCAGCACUGUUCCCAGUACAGCCAGCAGCAGCUGCAGCGCAUACAGCCAUAUAACAUGGAUCAGCAUCUACGAGACCAGGACAUAGCGAAACAACAGCUACAGCAACUUAAAAACAAGGACAAGAGUCAACAGAGUGCUGUGGCCAGUGCGCUGGUGAAGCAGAAGCUGGCGCAGGUGAUUCUGAAGAAGCAGAAGGCGGUGCUAGAGAGGACCAGCUCCAACCCUCUGAGCAGCCCGUCCGUCGCCUACCGGGAGCUGGUUCCUGAUCCCAGCUCUUGUGUGCAGCCGCUCCUGUCCUCCACCACACCAGCUCUCAGCGAAGGGCCCGACGAUCCACCCCUGAGACGAGCAACCUCAGAGCCCAACCUGAAGGUGAAGCAUAAAUUAAAGAAGCACCUGAACACCCGUAAGAGCCCGCUGACCCGCAAAGAGAGCGCGCCGCCGGCCGUCAAACACCGCGUCCCUGACACACUGGAUUCGUCCCCCAGCAGCAGCAGCACUCCAGUGUCCGGCUGCAGCUCUCCGAACGACAGUCUGCCCCAUGAGAACGGAGCGCUGCCCGCCUCCAGCCUGGCCCAUGAGGCUCAGAGGCUGCUGUUGCAGGACGGCUCUUUAGCUCACUUCACAGUGCAGAAUCCCUCCAGUCUCCCCACCAUCACACUGGGCCUCCCCGCCAACACCAAGGCGGAGGGGGAGCGGGGCUCGCUGAAGCUGGGUCGUGGGCUGGUCCCGGGCGCGUCUCCGAUGCUGGUUCCUCUGGGUGUGGAAGAGCAGAGCGGGCCGCUCAUACAGCCCAUCCUCAUCCUGGAGCCCUCUGGACUCAUACACACCCCUCUCCUGGCCGCAAACAAUUAUGGGACAUCAGAAAAAAAUAUACACUACCAUUCAAAAGUUUGGGUUCCAGGUCUGGGUCCGGUUCCCCUUCAGUUCAGUGCGUCUGGUCCUCACAAGCCUCUGAGCCGGACCCGCUCCGAGCCGCUGCCCCAGAGUCCCCGUGCGCUCCACCCUCACCUGCUCCAGCAGCAGACGCACAGCGCUCAGAUCCUGGAGAGACUCAAGCAGCAGACGCACCUGGGCAAGCUCAUGUCGAAGUCCAGCGAGAAGCCUCGUCUCCGGCAGAUCCCGUCAGAGGACAUGGACUCAGAGGAGGUGGGGCCAUCAGCGGGCGACGCCCACCAGGGCAGGGUGAGGGCGGAGUCUCAGAGAGAGCUGGAGAGUCAAGAGGAGCAGCUCAACCUGCAACACACCCUCAUUCUCAACCAGUCACGUCUGUGGGAGACACAGAAGCAACUGCAGCAGCUGCGCAGACAGACGGCUCACAUGGAGACACUGGCGGUACCCAUGAUCCUCGGCGCCGCGCACCGGCCGCUCUCUCGUACGCAGUCGUCUCCAGCCUCCACCUCGCUAACGCUGCCGGACAAAGCCUUGUCUCUCACCACGGCACCGGAGCCGCCCCAGAGCCAGCCGCGCUUCACCACGGGUCUGGUGUAUGACUCCCAAAUGCUGAAGCACCAGUGUACGUGUGGAGACAACAGCAGCCACCCAGAGCAUGCUGGGAGAAUCCAGAGCAUCUGGUCACGCUUGCAGGAGAGGGGCCUCAGGGGCCAGUGCGAGAGUAUUCGGGGAAGGAAGGCCACUCUGGAGGAGUUACAGUCUGUCCACACCGAGCGUCACGUUCUGCUGUAUGGCACCAAUCCACUCAACCGCCUCAAACUGGACAAUCGCAAGCUGGCCGGCAUACUGUCACAGCGGAUGUUCGUCAUGCUGCCCUGUGGGGGAGUCGGGGUGGACAACGACACCAUCUGGAACGAGAUGCACACGUCUACAGCGUCCCGCUUGGCGGCCGGGAGCGUGACGGAGCUGGUCUACAGAGUGGCUAAAGGAGAGCUCAAGAACGGCUUUGCUGUGGUCAGGCCACCAGGACAUCACGCAGACCCGUCAAACCCCAUGGGUUUUUGUUUCUUCAACUCGGUGGCGAUCGCUGCUAAGCAGCUCCAGCAGAAGCUCAGCGUCAGUAAAAUCCUCAUCGUUGAUUGGGAUGUUCAUCAUGGCAACGGCACCCAGGAAAUCUUCUACAAUGAUCCCAGCGUCCUCUACAUCUCUCUCCAUCGCUAUGAUGAUGGAAACUUCUUCCCCGGAAGCGGUGGACCAGCAGAGGUGGGUUCUGGUGUCGGUGAGGGUUUCAACGUUAAUGUGGCAUGGACCGGUGGUCUGGAUCCUCCCAUGGGCGACGCUGAGUACCUGGCUGCCUUCAGGACGGUGGUGAUGCCCAUUGCUCAGGAGUUUUCCCCGGACGUCGUGUUGGUUUCUUCAGGGUUUGACGCCGUGGAAGGACACCCUGCUCCUUUGGGAGGAUAUAAAGUCACUGCUAAAUGUUUCGGCUUUUUGACUCGGCAGUUGAUGACGUUAGCAGGAGGACGCGUGGUUCUAGCAUUAGAGGGGGGUCACGACCUCACAGCCAUAUGUGAUGCUUCUGAGGCCUGUGUCAGCGCUCUGCUGGGACUCGAGGAGCCUCUUCCUGAGUCGACUCUCCUGCAGACGCCCAAUGCCAACGCAGUGCUUUCACUGCAGAGAGUGCUGCAAAUACAGAGUCAGUAUUGGUCGUCACUGAAGCCUCUGAUGGACAAAGUGGGGAUGUCGUUUCUGAGUGCCCAGAGGAAAGACUGUGAGGAAACGGACACAGUGAAUGCGAUGGCAUCCCUCUCCGUAGGGGUCCUGGCCAACAAAAUCCCUGUUGAUGAACCCAUGGAGCAUGACUAAGACUGCCUUUAAACCAGGUCUUUACACGUCUGAAAGCUGUCCAGUACCAAAUGGCGCUCCACACCAUGUGAACAAGCCGUGCCUCAAGACCAGCAGUGCCUCAGGGGCGUGGCUUCCUCAUCACGGCCCCUCCCCCAAGACACCACCUCAACACUGACCACCAGCGAGACGCGGCUAAGCUAACAACCCGCAGCCACAGUUCUGCCGGGGCUCUGGGAUCCAUGGCAUCUUUUCCAUUCACGUACCGCACAAACACACUAGGACACAUAAAACCGCUUUGUGCAUUAGUGUGUUUUUAACAUUCACUAAAAGAAUGCACUCCAGCCAUGGAAUAUUCACCUCCAGUGCCUCAAAAGAGACUAUUUACUUUUGGACUAAGCUGGAGAUGCGAAAGCAGAUUUGCAGGUGCGGUUGAGGAUUAUUUCACCUUUUUAAAAGGCAGCCCACUUUACUACCCCUGACAAGCAAACUGUGCUGGGAGAAAAUGAGGGGUUUCCUUGCACCUGGCAACUCUACUCUAUAGCCCCUUUCACACUGCACGUUGGACCUGUAAAAUUGCUGGAACAUUGCCGGGUCGCAUUCUGUGUGAAAGCAAACACGUCCCGGGAUUGAUUCUGGCAUUGAACCCGGGUCGGGGACCUAGUAACAUUGCCGGGUUCAACCCGGGACGAGCGCUGUGUGAACAAAAGCCAGAACUAAUGACGUAAAGGGUGUUUUGUAGUGAUGAUGCACGUUAUCGCGCAACUCUUUUUUGAAGAAUUUGAAGGCAGAUCAAUGUUCGCGACUAAAAAAAUAUGUGCAAACUGUAAUGAAGCAGAGAUCAGUUAGCUCCUCACUUUCCGCGCUGACGCCGAGAUCGUUCGCCAGCUUCAGUGAAAGUUAAUGUGCCUAGCGUUUUCGACUCGUACAUUACACUUCACGCCUUGAUGUCACGUGUUUUCACGGGACCUUUACGGGCUGUGUGUGAACGCACGCACAUAUUCGGGGAAAUCACUGGCAGUGUGAAAGGGGCAAAAUCUAGCAACAUGGGAACAAUUGCUGGGACACAUUACCCGUAUAUCUUCCGGAAUCGCAGUGUGAAAGGGGCAUAUGAUGUCAUUACUAUUAACCAAUUUAACCACUAAAGAAGAAGAAGAAGAAAAUGAUCAUGACAACUGUGGGUUUUUUUAAUUGUAUUUUUUAUUUUUUUGCACUGUGCAUUCCAUAAUGUGAACCAUGAAAUUUUCCAAACCUCUGGGAAUAGAAAGAUGUAAUUCUGUAUUUAGUUUUACUCUAAACAUUCGUUUAUUUUUUUUUAAAAAGUGAAGCAAAAAACAAUUGCAUUCUUGUCAAGUUCAGUUACAUUCUACCUGCAUUCCCAGCAUGAAGGCUGUAAACUUGAACACCUUCGAGAUACUUAUUUGUACUGUUUUUGUGUAUUUGAUUUAAUGCCUCAUGUUUCUGAAGGCCAGGGGGACAGACCAGCUAUUAGCAAGUUUAUUGCACACACCCACACCCAAAAAACGCAUAUACGCCCAUCUUUCUGAGCACAUGUUGCAUCAAUAUGACCACUGUACAUUUAAUAUUGUGGACACAGGAACUGCUUAGGCUUUCCCUAGACUAAUUCUAACACAAAGUUGCUCAGUCUCUUUUUAGACCAAACUAAUUUGAAUAUGAUCUUUAUAUGUGUGUGCAUGUGUAUCUAUCAAUCAUAUCCAUUGUCUGUUCUGUACUCACAAUUAUUUGACCACAAGCAAAUACGACAUUUGAAUGGGCUCUCAAAGCCACUUUAAAGACAGUGUGUAAAAUUAUUUUGUAACACAAUGUUCUGUAUUUUUCACUGAUCUUUGUUGUUUUGGACGAGGGAAAUGACCAGCCUGUUAACCUGUGGAGAAGACACGUCUAAAGUUGGUGCACAUUUAAUGAUUUCUUUCACUGCUGUGCACUUACUGAAGGUUUUUAUUAUUAUUAUUAUUAUUUUUACGAGGGAUGCAUUGUUUUUGGAUGGCGUUCUGUUUUCCACAGCCUGCACAUAGAUGUCUAAUUCACACCAGUUGUGUGGAUGAAGUUUAUAGUGAUAUUAAAUAUGUCUCUCAGCCGCUGGGAUUCACAAUUACGCCAUCUUCAAUGAACCCUAAUGAAUGUCACACCAACCUUAAACCAAAACAGACUGACCUCUUUAAAUACUGUGCCACUCCACCAGCACAUUCGGUUUCAAAACCCAUAUCACUUCUUUCACGUUUCGAAACAAAAAUGUAGUUGCGUAAUCCUGAUGGGCCAAACCUCUGAAAAUAAUGCGCUGGAAAUUGUCAUCCACAUGCUGUAUCAGUAUCUCAAAGUUAACGCGUGCUGUCUUCGUGGUUCGGGAUGUUACAUUCCACUAGCAGCACAGUUCAUGGUGCUUGUUUGACUUUUGCGUUGUGCUUUUGGGUUCAUGAAUGCCCCGACGGCUCGCUUUCAAGUUUUGGAUUUUUAAAACAAUGACCGAAUCCCAUCUUUUUGAGUCGGUCUUUUACCACUGUGUUAACAAUCAAAUACAGUGUUAACGUGUUUUCCUGCGUCCACUACAAGAAACAGUCGUGACAUAACAAAUUGCUGUUAUAACGAACAUGUAGAAUUAAAAACAAGGCAUUCCUUGUGAGAUUUCUGUAAUGCUGCGCAAACAAGUUCCCAGCACCUGCCCGAGUCUUUAAUUCAUCCAUUUCUUGCCUUUUACCAAACCACUGUGGCUAGUUUAAUGUUUGUAUGAUUCCAUGUAAAUAGCGACCAUCCAUUUAUUGAUGUUUUGAGAGGUUUUCAUGAAGACCCUGGGUAGCCUUUACCCAUCAGACCCCCUUGAAGACUGUUGUAAAAUAGAGCAGAUGCAGACGUUCACUAAUUAAUGAAGUCAUAGCUAAUCGCUCAGAACUAGCGGCGAUCUUGCUGGAUAUUUAUAGUACUUCAAACAGUGCACUUCCAUUUUUCCAUCAACAAAACAGGCCUGUGCAUCUUUGAAAUCGACUUAGUGACAAAUCGACAGCAUUUAGAGACAGUUUCAUUGGGACCGUGACCACAAACAGAUCUUGACAUUCCGUUGCAGUUUGGACACUGAUAUACGUCUUACAUACAGUUCUAUUUUAGUGGUGUAUUUUUACAAUAGCUUUGUGCAUUUGUACUGUUUUGAUAUACCUCUUGUAUUCUCUCAUCUCUCCGAACCCUUUAUGAAGUAAUACGGAGAGCGUGUGGUGUCGUCACCGCUCAUGUAAAAGCAAACCAGCACCGUCUUAAUUCCUCUGUCAUUUAUUCCCUUUCACCUUCUUGUAUGGACAUUGUAAAUAGUUUCCUACAGCCAAAAGACUUCACCCAUGUGCCUUGAAGUACCCCCACUAACUGGAUCUAUUUAACACAGAAUAACAGAAAUGAUGUUUCCGAAUCUUCAUGUACUUAAUGAUUCCCUUGUUUAUUCCCCAUUUCUUUAUUUCUCUGUGUAUAGAAAAGAAUGUCUAUUUUGUACUGUUUCUAUCUUCCUAAUUAAAAAGAAAAGCAUUUUUUGUUUGCCUAAA